AAAAUACGAAUGCAGGUAGUUCAGGAGGCAGGGUUCGUUGAAAUAAGUUCAUCGCAUAAUAGGAUCGUAGUAAAUUAUUUCGCGAAAAAUAUAUUAAAUAUUCGAGAUUAUAUUACUUUUUUAUCAUCAAUUAAAUUAGAUUUGAAAACAUUAUUAAAAUCAUUCGUUCAAAAAAGUCCUAUUAAAUUUAAUUUGAAACUGGAGGCUACAUAUCACCGAAUCAACAUCGAAAACUCGUCCGAGAAUAGAUCGUUCAAGACAUCGGCUAGGGCGAUUUUCUUAGAUUCAGAUUUAGGGGAAAUAAUUGAUCAGGCGUACGGUAAACUAUUAGAGGAGGAAGAAACAUACGUUUCACGUGGAAGUGGGUUUACAUUACAAAACAUAGAUGGUAUCAUAUUAACAGUUUAUAAGUAUACACCUAUGCUUGGUGCAGGUUAUUCUAAUCUCCCUGGUCGUAUACAAAACAACGAUAAUGAAAAUAACGGUAGUGGUGAAGGUGUCGAAAAUAAUAGUAGAGGGGGAGGUGACGUGAAUAAUGGUAGAGGUGACGUAAAUAAUGGUAGAGGAGAAGGUGACGAGAAUAAUGGUAGAGGAGAAGGUGACGAGAAUAAUGAUAGUGAAGGGGGUGACGAAAAUAUUGAAAGCGAAGAGGGGGAGAGAGAUCAGGUUAUGGAGAGAAAUGGAGUGACUUAUAUUUCUUUACCAAGUGAAAUUCAAAGAAAACAGGGGACGAUAAAUCCACAAAAUAACGAUCAGCACUGUUUCAAAUGGAGUGUUCUGGCAAAACAUGUCACCGGUAGAAACAGGAGUCGUAUCGGAAAUAAUUACAACCAACAUUCUGAAAAAUAUGACUUCACAGGUUUGUCGUUCCCAACACCGUUGAGUGAAGUUAAAAUUUUUGAACGGAAAAAUCCUACUGUUAGUAUUAAUGUUUAUGGACUGGAGAAAAAAUUAAACCCCCUAUUAAAAACUAAGUCGUAUAUUGUUUUUCCGCUGAAAGUCAUCGACAAGGAGAAAGAAGAACAUAUUGAUUUACUAUAUAUUACGAAGGAUGAAAAAAUGCAUUAUAUUUAUAUAAGCAAUUUUUCUAGGCUUAUUCGUUCUCAAUCAACGGGGCAUAUAGCGAGUCGCGUGUUUUGUAAGCGAUGUUUUACUUCUUUUGACAAUAGAGCGCGUAAACAUAGAAAAAGUGGUCAAGCGGGGCUUGACGAGCAUAUGAUAAUUUGUGGGUCGCAUAAUGCAAUUUUACCUGUAAUGCCUAAACCCGAAGAUGUACUCAAAUUUAAAUCGUGGGAAAAUACGGUUCGACAUCCCUUCGUAAUAUACGCGGACUUCGAAGCGCUGUUAGUGAAGAGCGAUGAGAGUAGGGGGGAUAAUACAACAGUCAUACAUAAACAUAAAGCGAUGAGCUACGGAUUCGUGGUUAAGGCGGCAGAUAACGUACCAAAAGAGCUUCUAGAACAAUAUAUGAUUCCGGAAUCUGUGAAUGGUGACCGAGGUAAUGUAGACCGUGAGGAUGUAGCCCAAAAUUUCGUAGACGCGAUCGUAGAUGUGGGUAGGCGGAUAGAAAAGUUACUGAAAACGAAUAUACCAUUAAUUAUGAGUGACAAUGAAGAAAAAACACACCAAGAGUGUAAAAUAUGCAAUUUAUGUAAUCGUACAGUAUUCAAAUGUGAUAAAGUUAGAGACCACGACCAUUUAACUGGUAAAUUUAGACAGACGCUUUGUUCUAAAUGCAAUCUUAAAUUACAACAGCCUAAAUUUGUUCCAUGUUACUUACACAAUUUAAGUAACUACGACUCUAAUUUUAUCAUUACUGAACUAGCUUACGAUUCCAAGUCUAUUAAUGUUAUCCCGAAUAGUGAAGAGAAAUUUAUUUCUUUUUCUAAAUAUUUAAGUAGUACUUUCACUAUUAGGUUUAUUGAUACGAUGAGGUUUAUGCCAUCGAGCUUGGAAAGUCUUGCCGAGAAUCUUGUUACCCCAGGCCUUGAAAAAUUCCGUGAGGCAGCUAAACAUUUUGCCGCUGGAGAUAUGUCACUCGUUACUCGUAAGGGGGUAUAUCCUUACGAGUAUACGGAUAGUUGGGAGAAAUUAGAUGAGGACAGUUUACCGGGGAAAGACGAAUUUUAUAGUACUCUUCAUGAGAAAGCGAUUGAGGACGAUGAGUAUGAUCACGCUUUGGUGGUUUGGCAGCACUUCGCGUGUAAAACACUAGGAGAAUAUUCCGAUUUAUACUUAAAAAUUGAUGUGCUUUUGCUUGCUGACAUUUUUGAAAACUUUCGAGAUGUGUGCAUGAAAGCUUAUGCUAUCGACCCCGCAUUUUAUUAUACAGCUCCAGGAAUGUCUUUUCAUUGUAUGUUGAAGAAGACUCAGAUUAGAUUACAGCUUUUAUCAGAUUACGAGAUGCUGUUAAUGUUCGAAAAAGGUAUUCGUGGAGGUCUUGUGCAGGCGAGCAAGCGGUAUGCGACGGCAAACCAUGAGAAAGUUCCCGAUUAUGAUGCUGAGAAAGAAAAAUCGUGGCUGGUGUAUCAGGAUUGUAAUAAUCUCUAUGGUUACGCGAUGAGUCAAUACAUGCCAACUGGCGGUUUUAAAUGGGUGAAACCUACGCUUGCAGGAUUGAAUGAUUUGGAUGAUACUUCACCUAUAGGGCGUAUUUAUGAGGUUGAUAUAUCAUAUCCAAAAGAACUCCACGAUCGGCAUAACGACUUUCCGUUUCUUCCUCAAAACGCUACACCCGUAGGCUCAAAGGUUCCAAAACUGAUGGCGACCCUAGAGACAAAAAAAAACUAUAUUGUUCAUUACAGAAACCUUCAGCAGGCCAUUAAAAACGGAUUAAUAGUUGAAAAAGUAAAACGAUAUUUUUUAUUAUUUUUUUUUUUAUAUAAUAUUAUAAUAUUCAAGUAUUUCAUAUUAUUAUUAUUAUUAUAGGUGCAUAGAGUUAUUCAAUUCAAUCAGUCAGGGUGGUUAGCUGAGUAUAUUUUAUUGAAUACAAUUUUGAGGAAGAACUCAAAAAAUGAUUUUGAGAGUCUAUUUUUUAAGCUUAUGAUUAACGCUGUAUUUGGUAAGUUACUUUUAACUUUUAAUCUUUUGUUUUGAACUUUUAAAAACUUAAUUUAUUAUUUUACAGGGAAAACCCUUGAAUCGAUGAGGCACAGAUUGAAAAUGGAAAUAGUAGUGAGUGAUAGACGAUUACAAAAACUCAUAAAUAAAUCGACAUUUAAGCAUUGUACUUCGUACAGAGAAAAUAUUUCUGCUGUAACGUUGGAAAAUAAAAUCAUUGAUUUCUGUAAACCGAUAUAUAUAGGUAAAUAUUUUUAUAUUGAAUUUGACCAUGACAGAUAUAAUAAUUUUUAUAAAAUUAAGGUUUUGCGGUCCUUGAUAUUUCGAAAAGUUUAAUGUACGACUAUCACUACGAGGUAAUGCAGAAACAUUACGGAGAGAAAAUCAAACUCAUGUAUACUGACACUGGUAAAAAUAUAUAUAUAUUUAUUUGUAACUAUGUAUAUUAUAAAACUACAUUCAUACUUAUUAUUUUUAUUUUAGAUUCACUGGUGUACCAUAUAUUCACCGAUGAUUUUUACGAGGACCUAUUAAACUACCCAAUCUUACUUAACCGGUUGGAUACUGCAAACCUUCCACAGGAUCAUCCCUGUUAUAUCGCCGAACGUCGUAAGGUCCCAGGGUAUUUCUCCGACGAAACUGAUGGAUUGAUUAUGACAGCUUUUUGUGCUCUCCGUGCUAAAUCAUAUGCUUAUAAAAUCGAGGGGAGAGGGGCCAUUCAACCAAAAGAGGAGAUUAGGGCAAAGGGUAUAAGACGUCAUGUAGUUGAUAACCACAUGACGUUCGAGGACCAUCGGAUGUGUCUGUUUAGUGAACCCGGAUUAGUAGUUUAUAAACAGAAUAUUUCAAUUAGGUCAUUCAACCACCAGCUAAUGACACUCAAUACAAACAAAUUGUCUUACAAUAAUCAUGACGACAAGAGAUUCAUUCUAGAUGACAAAAUACAUACCUUAGCUUAUGGACAUUAUCGUAUAGAGUAUGAAAAAUGAAUAAAAGUAUAUUUUAUUUUAUUUUACUUACAUUAUUUUUGAAUUUUAUAGAGAGGCUAAAGAACUCGAGAGGGAACUUGAGAGGGUGGAAGCAGAGAUGGUAGCAAUGAUGGAGGGUGUAGGAUAUUAAGUUUUAUGAAGAUAGUUUAAUAUAUUAUAAGUACCAUGUAUAUAGUAUAAUAUUAUAUAAUUUUUAAGUCUGUAAAUAUCAUGUAAAUAUCAUGUAAAUAUCAUGUAAAAAUCAUGUAACAUUUUCUGUAAAUAUUAUGUUUAUGUAUAUUAUUGUUUUUAUAUUUUAGUUAUUAUUUUUGUAUGUAUAUUUAUUAAAUUAUUAUAUAACUAAAUGACAUGUAAAUAACCUGAAAAUAAUUUAUUUCUGUAAAUACUUUGUAAAUAUCAUGUAACAUUAAUACUUUAUAUCUGUAAAUACUUAGAAAAUAUCAUGUAAAAAUCUUGUAUUAUUUUCUGUAAAAUUAUAUUCAUUUUUUAUUUUUUUUUUAUUUCAUGAUUAGUCUUAAUAAUAUAUUUAAUCAUUUUUUUCUGUUUCAGAUCAAAGGAAAAC